AACAGUCCAUUAACAUGCAUUUGUUGUUGGCUUCAUGUUCACGUUUAAAAAAAAUGUAAAACAUUAACUGCCUGGCUGGGCGUCAUCAGGCAUAUGCAAAGACCUUUUCCCGCUUGCUUGCCGCUGCAGACGGAACAGUUGUGCGUGUUGUUUAUAUCGAUUCCAAUCGUUGUCAAGCGCUUUUUACUCACAAUUGGACCGCCGUUAACGAAUUUAUAGUUGCCCGGAGCCCAGCUGUUGUAAUGGCUUUUCGUCCGGAGAAGGUCUCCGAGCUGAAGCAAAUUAUACACAACCAUCUGAUGAAGAUGGAUAUUCACGGGAAGAUCCGAGAGGUGUUGUCUGAGACUUUGAGGGAUGAACAAGGUACAGCUCAUCAAAUGUUAUCUGAGGCAGACUUCCUCCAUGCAUUGCAGCGCAGAGGCAUCAUCGACGACGUGAUGAAGGACCUACACUUUCCGCAGGUAGCGCCUACACAUAUGGAAACCGGAUCGCCUCCAAAAUCCAUCCCUCACUUGACAAACGAAGAAAACAUUCGGCCGACAAAAACCAAUAUCGACCCAUCCAGACGUCACCUGUAUUUGCAAGUGCUUGGUGGUAAGGCCUUCUUGGAGCAUCUGCAGGAGCCAGAACCUUUACCUGGUCAGGUGUGCUCCACGUUCAAGUUAUUCCUGCACUUCCGAAAUCAGAGGUUUCACUCAAAGCCAGUGCCCUGUGCCUGUGACCCUGACCUGCAGGAGGGCUUCCUCUUCCAAAUCCACAUAGAUGGCACAGGAGAAGGAGGCAAGAUGGCAGAUGCGACCAAUAUGUUGUCCAUAUGUGAUCCAGUUCACUUAGUGCUGAUCAAGACUGACACCGCCGGUGAGACAGCUCUGGUCUCAUCCUACUUCCUGGACUGGAGGACAGUCCUUAGUUCACCUAGUGGGAAGACAUGCUUGGCUGUGGAACUGAUGGGAGUGGGAAGUGAAAGCAAGUUGCCGGCUGGUGUUUUGACAAUCAGUCUUGAGCUCUACCCUCCUCUCACAGACACACUGAGUGCUGACAUCAUCAGCACACAGCAAUCACUAGAAAGGCAGAGGACAGCGGAAAAGGAGAGAAUCUUCCUGGUUUAUGCCAAACAGUGGUGGAGGGAGUUUCUUGAGAUCCGGACAUCAAACCAGUCCAAAAUGGUCAAAAUCUUUGCACAGGAUGAAAAUGGCAUCAACAGACCGGUGUGCUCCUAUGUGCAUAUCCUCCGGGCCGGCCGGCUGCUCGAGAGUCCUCGGCGGGCGGCCCGCUUUGUUAGCCUCCUGGCACAUGAGAAGGCCCCAAUGGUGGGAGGAGGAGAGAAGCAUGAGCAGUGGUGCACAUUAUUGGCUUUCCUGUGUCGAGGAAAGGGGGACUGCGAGGACCACUCUACCCUGUUGUGCAGCCUCCUGCUGGGCUUUGGCCUUGACGCUUAUGUGUGUGUGGGCACCAAAGCUAAGGGGAUACCCCACACCUGGGUCCUGACCCGAGGUACUGAUGGAAGUAUCACUUUCUGGGAGAGCCUGACUGCACACAGAUACCUUCAUCAAGCCAUAGACCCCGAUGCCCCACCUUUGGCCCCCCAGCCUAAACCCUCAUACCCCUACCGCACUGUGGGUUGCGUCUUCAACCACCAGAGCUUUCUGGCCAACUGUCAGCCCUCUGACGCUGUGGAGCUUUGUGUCUUUGACCUCCAGAAUCAAUCACGGUGGAAAGCAAUGAGUGAAGAGGCUCUGAAGUCAGUGUGUGACUCUUGCUCGACCACCUCGCUGCCCCCUCUUCCUCCACUCAGCUCAUCAUCUCUCGAUGCCGCUGCUGUCAGCAAUCAGCUGGAGCUGGAGAUGAGGUACUUGAUCUCCGAGCACAGGAAGGACUUGAACCUGACAACGGUCUGGGACGACCACAUGUCCUACCUGCUGUCCUCGGCCUUGUCAGCCUAUGAGAUGGAGCGCUGCACUGGGGUCUCAUGUGGAAAUGAGGAAUUUCAGGAUGCAAUCAGGAGGGCUGUCCCAGACGGGCACACCUUUAAAGGCUUCCCCAUCCACUUCCUGCACCGCAAUGCCCGAAGAGCUUUUUCCACAUGCCUCAAGUCGCGGUUCUGCGAGGAGAUAGUGUGUUGUCGCGGUGACCACGUGAGGCUCGCCCUUCGCGUUCGGGUCUUUAUUUAUCCAGAGAAUGUUUGUGCUGUUUGGUUCAUGUUUGCUUGUAAGUAUCGCUCUGUGCUCUGACAGCCUCAGGUUGAUGUCUGCUAUGAUGUCAAAAUUAUGAAUUUACAGCACCGUGUAUUGCACAUUGAGACUUUAUUUGGCAUUUUAUUCUAUACAAUAUGAUGAUCGAGAAAGUCACAGGUACAUUUGGGACCCUUUGAUACAGAUACUCUUUCUUUCAUCAUCCAGACAGGUUUUUGUCAGACUUGCUCUGCUUUUCAUGCUUUUUCGUUUUCAGCUGUAUUUAUAAACUUUUGUUGUAAAUAAAGCUUCAUACAUUUUAUGAAACGUUUGUAAGACAGCUGUUACUUACCCCUAUACAUACAGGUGUUAUUAUACUUUAUAUUUAUGAAA